CAUGCGGUUACCAAGACAACCGGCGCCUGCACGUGUUUAAAAAUGAGCAAUAAGAGUAGGGUCGUGCAUAAAAAGCAGCUUGCCAUUAAGAAGAUAAAAGAAGAGAAAGAAAAACAAUUCUUCCUAACUGAUGAUAAUGGAGACAUCAUACCUGGAACAUACAGAACACCGGUCGGAGGUUUGAAGCUUAAGCUAUUUUAUAGCACAUCUGUUUCCAGAAGUUAAAAUUAAAAAAAUUGAAGCAUCAGGAAAUUACGACAUCGUGUCACUUGCGCGUUCAAUGAACGACAAUUUUGCAUCGAGAACCAAAGAGUUAUUUACCCCAGAGGUGGAAGCUGUUAAAGAAGCUAUCAAAACAGGUAUAUAUGUUGCAUGGAGACCAAUAGACAAACCUUGGAACCAACAAGAUUGUCAACGUGUAUGUUCCACUUCUCGUUGUUUUUGUGGACACUCUUUAAAUCAACAUGAAGCGUUUUCUGUGAAUAAAGCAUUCCCAAAGUGUAAUCAGACUGGGUGCUCAUGCAAAGGGUUUAAGUUUGUUCCCAGUAGACCAGAAGAAGUUGGUGAAUUUUGGUUAACUAGACGCAAUGAUUUUGAUGGUAAUUCGUAUCGCGUUAAAUGCAAGUGUAAGCAUACUCAUGAAGAACAUGUGGCUGAUCUCGUUCCUUAUCGAUGUAAAGUUAAAAGAUGCAACUGUUCGGGAUUUUCAUCAGCUUUCCUUUGCGCUGCAUGUGACAAGCACUGGCAUGAGCAUCAAACAGUUUUUGAAACUGAAAUGGAACGUAAAGCUGAAGGACGUCCAGUUGGUGAAGGAUGGAUUCCGUUUGCUGAAUUACCAGAAUUAGCUAAAAUUGCACUGACUGGUGUAGAUAAUCCAGCUAUUCAAACAUUAACUGAUGCUUUGUCAGCAAGUGCUCGUCAAAGUCUUCUAGAAAAACAAACUUUACCUGCUAUCUCUGGAUCAAAAGAUUAA